AAUUCCGUCAGGUUUAUGUCAUCAUAAAGAGUGUGGCUGAGGAAUAUAAACCAAAAUUUGUGAUUCCUAUUGAACAAGAAAGCUUAAACUUUUCUGCAGCAGUCGAACCAAAACCUUUUCUCGGAGACAAUCAUCAGGUCCAGUGGUCCUCCACCACCACCAUCGCCAAACCUAACCCAAAGUUGUGAUCACUGAUCAGCGAAUGAGCCAUGGAUGGUUCAGAGGGCUUCACCUUCCCCAGAAUCAGUGACAAUUGUCCUUUCACCAUUGAUUCGCCCCCUCUCUGGAAUAUCCCAUCUCCAUCUUUCUCAGCGGCUGCUACUGAUCAAGACGCCAGAAAGGCAACAGAAUCAGAAGCAAAAUUGAUCUGCGAUGGCUUCUUGUAUGAAAAUGAUGAGAACACAAUGGACUUAUUGUGGGAGAACUUCAAUGAGGAUUUGCAUUCAACUUCUGCUUCUGCUACCUCCUCUUCCACAGAGAUGGUAGAAGCAAGGUGUGGAUCAGAAGCACUAACGGUGGUGAAGAGCAAUGGUUCAGUGAUUGCAUCAAAUAGCUGUAAGCCUGGCACGUUGGUGCUUCUCAAGCUGUUAAAGAAGCUCUUCUCUGUCACCCAUCCUCAUAGGAAACCCACAGCCACCACUGCAGCAACUUGAGUUUGCCCAUCAUUCUGCAAUCAUGCUAUUGGCCUUCUGGCUAUCAUUGGUUCCUAACAAGUAAUGUUGCUCCUUCAUUUAUUUACAAAUUUACCAUUUUGCCUCUUCCAUGUUUUUUUUUUUUUUUUUUACAGAAAUCUCCCUUACAGCCUUACUUGAUUCCUAUUUACAACUUUUAUGCAGCUUCUGGGACAAGAAACUCCUUCUUCAUAAAUUCUUGUUUUUAUAAAUAUUUUUAGGCUUUGAAGCUUUUACUUUUGGCCAAACAAAGACACCCACACGCACACUCAUAAUAAUAAUUGGCAUGAACACCCGUUAGUAGCAUUUCAGCAGAGAGCAAAAACAGAGCAGCAGAAACACGCUCAUAAUAAAGCUGCCCAACUCUUGCAUAAUCAGACAAAUAAGACGCUCGCAAUGCCUGAACAAUACACGUCAUCAGACAAAUUUGGGAGGCAUAAUCUUCCGCCUACAGUGUCACUUAUUCUUGUUUAAUCAUCCAUUAUGUUAAUUUUGAUAUUCGUUAUAAAGUACAAGCUUGCUUUUAAAUGGACUUCAUUUGAAAAACUCAAUGACACCGUAGACCGAAAGAGCACGAGCUUGUGUUCACAGACAAUAUUUAAUUAGCUCCACAUGUUUUUGUUCUAUUGUUCACCAGAAUAAAUAUAGGCAUACUACUUCCAGAGCUUGUGUUCCCAAGAUAUUGUUCCUUCAUAAAUUAGUGAGAAUGUUAUUCUGUCUCUAUAAACUUAAGAAUUUGAUCAAUUAAGGGGAUCCAAGUUCGAAUCCGGUAUAAGCAACGCUGGAUGAAUACAGCCAGCAGAACGGCCAGGCCAGCGCCAAAAGCUGCGGCUCCAAUCAUAACAAUAAGAUCCAUCACAACUGCUGACGAAUUUCCCUUAGGAGAUCUUGGGGAAGAGUUGGAAGACGCAGUUUUGUUUUUGAGAGCUUUAUUUCCACCUGAAUCGACUUUAACAUGAGAAUUGAAGUCGGGAAUAACUCCGGACAACUCAUUAUUAGAAAGUUCCAACUGUGUCAAAGCCGGCAUUUGAGUGAGAAAAUCAGGAAUUUUACCAGAAAAUUUGUUAUUCGAGAGAUCCAUGAUUUCCAGGUUAUUCAAGCCAGCAAGAGUGCUGGGAAUAGGCCCUGUAAAAAGAUUGCUGCUGAGAUUCAACGCAAUCUGAAGAUUCCAUGGCAUUUUUGGAAUUAAACCACUUAGCUGGUUUUCUCCAAGUUGAAGUUCCAUAAGAGACGCCAUGCUGCUUAUAGAUGUGGGAAUAGAACCACCGAGAUUGUUUCGCUGUAAGUAAAUCUUACUAAGCUUUACCAAAUUGAACAGUGCUGGUGGAAUGGUUCCGUUCAGAGAAUUGUGGCUCAAAUUCAGAGUUGACAACUUCUGUAGCUGAGACAGUUGAGUUGGUAUUGGUCCAGAAAGCUCAUUCCCUUGAAGCUGCAAGACUUGAAGAUUGCGGAGCUUUCCAAGCUCUGCAGGCAAUCUCCCAGACAGUUGAUUCUGAGCCAAGUUCAACAAGGCCAGAUUCUGGCAAGAACCCACCUCGCCGGGUAUUGGGCCUGUCAAUUUAUUGGCCUCCAGUUCGAUAUACGUCAAACUCUGGACUGUCGAAAAUGCUUUGAAGGUAUCGUCCCAUUCAGGGAAUUACCCCCUAAUCUCAACCUGAUAAUGCUAGAAGAUAUGACUGCAGGUAAAGGCCCGGAUAACGAAUUACUGGACAAAUCCACAUGCUGCAAAUUGGAUUGUGAAAAAAGGUCUGCUGGAAUAGGCCCGGACAACUUGUUAUAACUGAGAUCCAAGUUACUAAGAAAUCUCGUAAUUCCGCGGGGAACAGAACCAUCGAAGUGGUUUUCAUUGGCUGCAAAACGGCGGAGGGUUUGGAUGUUCGAGAGCGCACUUGGGACUGUCCCUCCAAGGUUAUUAGAGGAUAGAAUCAAAACUUGCAAUCUGGAUAGAUCUCCGAUGCUGCUAGGAAUAGAACCUGUAAGCUCAUUUCGUCCAAGGUCAAGCAAAGUCAAAUUUGUGUAACUCAGGAUUUCAGCAGGGAUUGUACCUCAAAGUGAUUAAGGCUCAGCACAAGCUGCUCCAAAGCCCCGGAAUUUCCCAGUUUGGUAGGGAGGGACCCAUUGAAAGAAUUGAAACUAAGAUUUAAGCUCUUGAGGUUCCCUAACCCGGCUAACUGUGAUUCAAUUUUCCCUGAAAAAGUAUUGAAAGAUAUAUCCAGGGACUCUAAGGCAUCAAAUCCAUGAAAAGUAGGCAAAGGACCGAAUAUUUUGUUGUAACUAAAAUUGAGAAACUUUAACCCCUGAACCUUCCCACAGUCAGAGAUGAAAUCGUCUGGAAUUGAGCUGAAGACAUUAACAGAAAGAUCAAGAUGCUGCAAACUUUCGAUCUGGCAAAGACGAGUCACAAAUUCGGAAGAAGAGAUGGAAUUCCCAGAUAGCGAAAGUUUGAUUACAGAGGAGUUGGUGGGGUCGCAAGCGACGCCCUUCCACUGACAUGGAUUCGGGUGCACCUUAAUAUUCCAUGAAUCAGUCAAGCCAGUUUGAUGAAGUAGUAGGGAGAGCGCGGUCAUGGUACUGGUUUGGUUCCGGGAUAGCAGACACAGCGCCAUUGGACAGAACCAGAAGCACAGAGAAACGUAGAGGACAGACGAAUCGUACCCAUACCUGCCCAUUUUGGAGCUGUCUGCUGGCGAGAUGAUCCUUCACCUCUGCAAUCUCAUCGAAGUCUUUGGCUUUUGGGGUUGCGGGCAACAAGUAUCGGAAUCUGGGUUCAGAGGGAAUGGAACAAACAACAGUAAUAGAGAAACAGAUACGGCGGAGAUUUAGGGGUCUGAGGAUUGAAUUUUGGUGCAAAAUGAGGAGCAAGAAAGAGAGGGGAGUGUUGGGUUAAGGUGGUUUGGCCUGCCACUGCACGGGCAGAGACUUGGAAGAAGACUCAGACGUUGACGGAAAAAAAGAAAAGCGGUGUUUCGGUUUCAUUUACUCGCUUUCUUUUUCUUGUGGGGUUUGGGAAUAAAUCUGGGUGCAGGGAAAGUUGCUGGAAAUUUGUGGGAUUGAGGAAAUGGAUCCUUGCUAUGUUCCGAAUUGUUGGUUCUACUUGAAAACCAAGAAAAAGAGAGAGCGGUGUUAGACAGUUGAGGGCAUGAAUGCUGUUUCAGGGCAGGUGAUAUGGUCAGCAACUACACGGAAGGACUUGGAAGAAGACGACUGUGACUCAAAAUGCUGAAUGUUGAAUGUUCAGACCUGAGUAAGAGGAUGAGGUAGAAGUUCUCCUCCCGUCUACAAUGCGAGCACAGAAAGAGGAAUUAUGCUCCCCCACUCGCUAUCUGGCAACUUCACUAUAUAUGUUGUUCGACUUAAUCACUUUAUAUAUGUGUGUGCAUGUGUAUAUGAAUAUGUUAAUUUUGCCCACAAGGAGUCUGUCUUUGACUAAAUAAUAGAUUUUUUUUGGGGGGGGGGGGGGAUGAGAUAUUGGGGUUCAUGACCCCAAUUAUCGUCAAGAAGAAAACAUUCCAUAUGGAAUGGCCACAGGCUAUUUGUGGAUAUUGAAAUAAGAAUGGUUCAACUAGUUAUCAAGAUAAGUUGGUGAGUUGAAAUUGAAGUGCAAGGGCAAAAGAGUGUACUAGUAAUCAAGUAACAUUUAUCCAAUUGUUUGAGCGAGCGAAUUAUUACUCCUCUUCAUUUAAUGUUGGAGUAAAGAGAAAUCCUUCACUGAGAGUAUCA